AUGAAUAGCGUUACCGACGAUACCGCUCCGUAUCAAUCCGCUGCCGACGUAGACUUUGAGCUUCCUCUCGCUUCCCAAAGCCCUGUCGUUUUCAACAUCGACCUCGCGGACGGCCCAUCGCUCUGGGCCGAUGCUCACCAGAAGCUCUUGGGCUUAGGAGACCGGCUGAUAGAUAUCCGCAUCGACGUCUCUCGGGCUCCUGAUGGUUUCGACUGGAUUCGUCAUCUCUCUGAAGCAUCUCACAACGUUCUCGAAAACGUCUUCAGUCCAUCUAUUGCUCCGCAAGUGCGCAAGUAUGAUAUCAUCGCUACUCCGAAAGCUCUUCCUUUCUUCCUCAAUGAGCUUCGUCGACCGGCACCGGCGCUCGAAAGUCUGCGACUGGAAUGUUCUCAACACGUUGAAUCAAAGUGCUCGCCACAUGUCAAAUCAGAGUACUCUCAAGACGCUCAAAUGAAGUGCUCUCAGUACGACGAAUUUCUUCCCUUGACCUUGCUCGAUGGCCACGCUCCCUACCUCCGCGAGAUCAUCUUGGAUAACAUCGCUCUGCCAUGGAACUCUCCGCUCUGGGGCUACCAUCUCAGAGAAAUCCAGCUUAUCUCCGUGCCAGAAAAGCUAGCGCCGACGACGACUCAAAUACUCACCAUUUUCUCUGGGACGACCUUGCUACAGACAUUCGAGAUGAGGCACACCCUCCCUGUACCCGAUCUUCCUAGCGUCCCAGAACACGAAGGGCAUCUUUGUGCACUCCCACAUCUGACGGGAAUCUCUCUUCACGGGCCGUACGAGCGGUACACCCACUUGAUGGCUUAUCUGCUUCCUCCGGUUGAUGCCUUGGUGGAAGCAACGAUCGACGGGUUCGAGCACGAAGGACACGGGCACCCCGCAAACCUUCCUCUUAUCCCCGCCGAGACGCUCGCGCCUCCUGUCGACGUAGAAUGCCUCGACCUCGAGUUCUGGGACGACUGUCACGCGGUCGUACUCUCCAGCAGCAGCGACGCCACCAACGCCCCCGACUGGCCUUGGAACCCCGCAUCCCCCUUCGACAUGCGCUUCGACGCCUCCUUCAAGCUCUCAUGCCUCAACGGCGGCCACGAGCACAUCGUGUCCACCUACACCUCUCUCUCCGAAUCUCUCCGCGCGCGCACCAUCUCCACGCUCCGCAUCGACGCCGUCCGCCCUCGAUACACAGUCCCAUGGAUGACCAUCCUCACCUCCCUCCCACACGUCCAGCGCCUGUCCCUCAAAGUCGACGACAGCGCCCUGUACCAGCUUCUCCACAUUCUCCAACCAUGGAGGCCGUCGGCGCCCGGAGGUCCGCAUGGCUCUAGAGCGUACCUGCCGCCUACGCACGGGCGGUACUCCCUGGUUCUUCCUCAGCUGAAAGAGCUUGUUCUCAGCUGGGGGCACAGCUACCCCGGUGACGAAGACGUGGCGAACCACAACAACUUCAUCUUGGCUCAGGAACUUGCGUCCUGCUUACACGCUCGAGCGAGCGUCAAUGCGAAGCUGGCCUAUCUCGAAGUGAGGUCGCAUCAGCUCACCUUGAGGAGCGGAAGACUCUGGCCAGAGGUUGGUGUGCCCUAUCUGAUUGGUGCGGCGAGCAGUUGGCGUUGGGUAGAAACGAUCGAAGAGUUUGAGGAUUCUCACUCGGACAACGAUGGAUGUUGGGAGUUUCGCUGA